CUGUCCACAAUACCUGCUGACACCAGUUGACCUCCUACGCCUAGCCUUGACUCUGCUUGCGCAAACAUGCCACCGCGGAAAAACAGCGAGAAGGGCGGUGGCCCCCGCGUGGACGCUCUAUAUGGACUGAUGCAAUCUUUUGAGAACAAGCUGGGCGGAGGCGAGGGAGUAGAAGGACUAUAUGGAAGCAUUACGCAAGGAGGGAUGCAGAAAAUCCUCGAGUGCCUGGCGCACAACACGGGUCUUGACCACCGCAGCACGUUCAUUGAUAUCGGCGCGGGCCUCGGACGGCCGCUAUUGCACGCCAUGGUGUCGCAUGGCGUGCCUUGCACCUGGGGCGUGGAGCUUGACAAAGUCAAGUGCGACAAGGCCGCGGCGUUCUGCCAGCACGUGCUGGGCAACCUGGUGACCAAGGAGGUGCUGCCGGCCGGCGUGGCGGUGCCACCGGUGCACUGCUCGCCCGUGGAGAAGUUCGCCAGCCUGGACCCGGCCACGCACGCCUACUCGUUCUGGGAGGGCGUGCCCGCCAGCGGCAAACGCGCCUUUGGGGAGCUGUUCGCCAAGUCCAAAUCAUUGCGGGCGGUGGCGGUGGUGCAGCGCGCCAUGCGCGGCCAGGAGCCGGCGGCGGUGAUGCGCGAGAUGGGCUUCGGGCCGCUCAUCCUCAUCAACUCCUUCAGCGUCAGCAUGAGCGGCAGCGGGCGCUCCUUCCAAGCCUACGUGUUCAGCAAGAUUACGCCCGAGGCGCGGCGCUUCUUCACCGCCGCCCUGGCCACCGCCCCGCCGGCAGCGCUGCAGCCGCAGCAGAAGGAGGCGGAGAAGGAGGAGGGGCAGGAGCAGGCGGCAGGGCCGCCGCCGCUGCCCCAGAGCAGCUCGGGUGUGGAGGCGGCGGCGCUGCCGGUGCUGGAGCUGUCGCAGCAGCCCACACAGCCAGAGCCGGUGGCGCGGGAGGCGGAGGAGCAGCUGCAGCAGGGGCGGCAAGCAGCGGCUGCGGCUGUGCCCGCGCGUGCUGGUCGCGGGGCGCGUGCAGCGUCUCGCUCCGGUUCCAACAGCAGCCGCGCGCCGCAGCCCGGGACGCCCACUGGCUCGCCGUCCAAGUCGUGCAGGAAAUCGGCCGAUGGUGAGACCGCGCCCGAGUCGCCUUCCAAGAAGCUGUGCGCGGAGCCGGAGGCGCAGAAGCAGGACGCAGCGGUGGCGGUGGCGGCGGCGGCGACUCCCGGCCCCUCCUCGGAGGCCGCUGCAGCUGCGGCGGCAGCGGGCAAGGGCCGCGCGGCGGCCGCCGUCCCCGACAUGGCGAGUGCCGUCAAGCCGGCGGUGCGGCCACCACGGGAGGAGCUGCCCGCGCCGGCUGCUGCUGCUGCGGCGGCGGCGGCGGCGAGGGCGUCACGUGCGCCGCUGCAGCAGCGGCAGCUCACGAGCAUGCCCGAGUUCAGCCGCCGGACAAAGGCGGCGCCCGCGGUGAAGCCCGGCAAGGCGGCGGCGGCGGGGCCGGCGGCGGCUGUGAGCGGCACGCGCUCCAGCACGCGGCUGGCUGCCAAGGCGCUGGCGGCGGACCUGGCAGCAGCCACCGGCCUGGGGCAGCAGCAGGAGGCGCAGUGAGCACGAGGGGACUGCGCGGCCUGCCGGGCUCUCUCUCACAUACACACAGCGGCGGGGUGUGCCGCAUGUGGGCCGGCCUGGCCUGUGUGCACGGAAGGGAAGGAGCGGGGGUGCUUCCGGCGGAGGUGCGUGUGUGAGGCUGAACGAAUAGGUGCCGGGUCCGCCAAUGCGGCCAGGCAGCCGUGCCGCGUGCGUAUUGAUUGACGGGUAACGAUAUUAGAGCUGUCUAGUUCCCUAGAUGUAGCUACCGUAGCUGGGCCAACGCCCGUACGACUGACGCGAAAAAGGUGUUGAUGUGCUUUGUGGAGGAGUGGACGUGUAAUGUACCCGGGGUCUCUGGCGUGGACGACAGGUGUCGUGGCCGUUGUACGGUACGUGUGGAAGGCUGGGCGGCCCGUGUUACUUCAUCAACUGUGACCUUUAAUUCAACCCGAUUGAUUUGACGACAAUGACGACGGUAGCUGAUUAGACGGGCUCGCCCAAGCUAUAGGAGGAGGAAAGUGUUGGUGGCGCGGUGAAAGGAGCUAGCGCUCCAUGCGAGGACGUGGUCGUUGUGGAGCCAGACUGUGAAGCCAGGGCGCAAUGGAAGCGGCGGCAGAGCGCAAGGGAAGCAAGCAGCUGUGGUGAUGGUGGUGGAUUUGAGAGCCAGAAGUUCUUCCCUGCCGUUCAGGAGGUUGCACGUGUUCAAUUGCAACAUGUUACUUCAGGGACCAAGCGCCUGAAGUAACACGUCCAGGCGAAAUGGCGGAACCCCGCCGGAUGCAUGGAGCCCCA